AUGCAAUUAGACUACCCCUCCCUGAACACACAAAGUAGCAUGGCAGGGCAAGCCUGGAACCCUUCUCUUUGCCAUGCUAGCAUUGCAAAAGCAAGGUGUUUUUUGAAGAAGAGCAUAAAGUCAUGUCACCCCCAACCGGCAGUCUGGAAUAAGACAACCCCAGGAGGCCUUUGCUGGGUUGAUUGCGUCUCACUUAGCGUGGAAGUAUAUGCUAUCAGAAUCAAGGGGCCUUAUUUCCAAGAAAAUAUAUUUAGGAUUGGGAGAGGGGCAGUCUUUCUCUCUGCUUAUAGGCUGCAUAACAGCCCUGUUAAAUUUGCUUAG